UUUGAAACUUGACUUCUUCUUCUCAAACCUCCAGAUGUGAUUGGCCGAGGACAUCGGCGAAUCGGAGGUCAGAAUCCCAGAGCCGUCAACAUGUCACCUCCGGCAGCUGCUCCACCCCCGACUGCCGCCACCUCCGUGUCGGGGAAAAGGACUGCGCUGCUGUCCAAUGAGGUGAGGAGAGAGAUCGCGAAGCAAGCGAGAGCCCUUAGGGAGGAGAGACGAGGGACGCUGGACGCUCGACAUAAAUACUUGAUCGGCAGGCUGGCAGACGCCGGGAUGCUGGGCGAGGCGGAGGUGGAGGACGCUGUUAUCUCUGACGACAAGUUCCGUCUCAUCGAGGAUUUCUUCGCUGCCAAUGGAUCCAAGAAGCUGAUUUUCUUCUGUCAGGAUGUGAAGCAGAACCUGUCGUCCACUCAGUCGUCCUCUGUGGACGUGUCCUCGGCCGAUGCUCAGAGGAAACUCUUCCUCACCACCGCGAACUCUGAGAACGCUUUCUGGAGCUUUCUGGAGUUUUUCACUUCCUCCCUGUGA